CCGGCUGCGCGAAGACAGCGAGGCGGCGCUGGGGGGCUGGCUCGGGCGGCAGCAGCGGCUGCUGCGGAUGGGAGCGGGCCGGCUCGGCGCGCCUAUGGAGCGCCAGGGCAGGGAUGCCGCCACCUCAGCCGCGGCCGGCGAGUCGACGUCCGCGGACGCCGAGGCGCGAAGGCGGGAGCCGCUCAGGCGCCGGGCGAGUAGCGCGGCGCCGCCGGGGUCCGGGGCGGCGGAGGGCGUGAGACGGGAGCGGCCUGGCUCCCUCAGCGGCACCGCCUCGGCCGCCCGCCCGCGCGGCGAGGGCCUCCGGAAGAGGCGGCCGCUUUUUCCAUGGUUUGGCUUGGAUAUUGGUGGAACCCUAGUCAAGCUGGUUUAUUUUGAACCUAAAGACAUCACUGCUGAGGAAGAAAAGGAGGAAGUGGAGAGUCUGAAAAGCAUUCGCAAGUACCUGACCUCCAAUGUGGCUUAUGGAUCCACAGGAAUUCGGGACGUGCACCUUGAGCUGAAGGACCUGACUCUGUGUGGACGCAAAGGCAAUCUGCACUUUAUACGCUUUCCCACUCAUGACAUGCCUGCUUUUAUUCAAAUGGGCAAAGAUAAAAACUUCUCGAGUCUCCACACUGUCUUUUGUGCCACUGGAGGUGGAUCAUACAAAUUUGAGCAGGAUUUUCUCACAAUAGGUGACCUUCAACUUCACAAACUGGAUGAACUGGAUUGCUUAAUAAAAGGAAUUUUGUACAUUGACUCAGUUGGAUUCAAUGGACGGUCACAAUGCUAUUAUUUUGAAAAUCCUGCUGAUUCUGAAAAAUGUCAGAAGUUACCAUUUGAUUUGAAAAAUCCAUACCCUCUGCUUCUGGUGAACAUCGGCUCAGGGGUUAGCAUCUUAGCAGUGUAUUCCAAAGAUAAUUAUAAGAGGGUCACAGGCACCAGUCUUGGAGGAGGAACUUUCUUUGGUCUCUGCUGUCUUCUUACUGGCUGUAGCACUUUUGAAGAAGCUCUUGAAAUGGCGUCUCGUGGGGAUAGCACCAAAGUGGACAAAUUAGUUCGAGACAUUUAUGGAGGAGACUAUGAAAGGUUUGGAUUGCCAGGCUGGGCUGUGGCUUCAAGCUGUCACUUUUUCAUUUUACCUUCUCAAAGCUGCCUUUUUUUCUGUCUCUAUGGAUUUGGUUAUUCUGAACAUUUUAUAUAUAUGGUAUCAUAUAGUAUGAUCUGUCAUGACAAGGUUCAUGUCACUUAGUGCAAUGUUUAUAGAAUUAUUUCUUUUUAUUGUUGAGUGAUCUAUUAUGUGAAUAUACCAUAUUUAUGUAUUUAUUAGUUAAUAGACAUUGGAUGUUCCCAUUUUUUUUCUGGCUGUCAUGAAUAGUGCUGAAGACCUGUGUACUUGUCUUUGUAUGGACAUUUAAUUUUUUCUUUUUUUAAAAAAUUUAUUUAUUUAUUAUGUAUACAGAAGAGGGCACCAGAUCUCAUUACAGAUGGUUGUGAGCCACCAUGUGGUUGCUGGGAAUUGAACUCAGGACCUCUGGAAGUGCAGACAGUGCUCUUAACCUCUGAGCCAUCUCUCCAGCCCCCAAUUUUUUCUUUUUUUUUAAAUUUUGUUUGUUUGAUUCAAGAUUUCUCUAUCUAGUCCUAGCUCUCCUGGAACUUACUCUGUAGACCAGGCAGGCCUUGAACUCGAGAACCGUCUGCCUCUGCCUCUGCCUCCCAAGUUAAAGGCCUGUGCUAUUAUAACCUGCUUUAAUUUUUUUUAUCUCUACCUAGGAUUGAAAUUGGUAUGCUGCAUGGUAACCUUAGUCUUUUGAGGGAACUACUAGACUGCUCUUCAAUGUGACCAUACCAUUUUACAUCCCCAGCAUCUUAAGAGAGAUUAGUUUAUUCUACAUUUUUGUCUUUUUAUUUAGGACUCGCCCCCACCCACCCCUUUUUAUAAACUGCUUUAGUAAUUUCAUUUUUUCUAUGCAAAUGGUUAAAACUGUAUUAUUGACACUGGGCACAAAGGCAGCCUGUAGUUAGAAGCUGGCAUAGCAGCAAGGUGUAAGGAAAAAGAGAACCAUGGGGAUCCAUCCCAGUGUCAGUUGCUUGGAAAAAUAGCAGAAGUCAUACAUAAGCAGAAUUCAUCCUGAUGGUCAUUGCGAGCAGAGGACUCCCACAAAAGGAUACACAGACAGUCCCUCCACUGUAGCUUCCUUAAGUUUUCUCCUCAUGUCUCUCAUCUACUCCCUGAAUUUUCCAUUCAUCUCUACAUCUGGGCCUUUCCUUUUCUUCCUUUGGUGGAGCUAUGUCUUCCCUCUGCAGAGGCCAGAGUGGCCUUGAAUUUGUAAUCCUCUCUGUAUCAGCUUCCUGACUGUUGGAAAUAACAGGGAUGUGCCACCAGGCCAUGGCUUAUUGUAAUCUUGAGUUUUUUUUUUUCUGUUUAUCAUUUAAGGAAUAUGUCUGUUGAAGCCUUUUGCUAAUUAAAAUUAUUUUUUCUAUUUAUUGAGCUUCAAGAAUUUUUUGUUUGUUUUUUGUUUUUGAGUCCUGGCUGUCCUAGAACUUACUUUGUAUUGUAGACCAGGUUGGCCUCAAAGUCACAGAGAUCUGCCUGCCUCUGCUUUGCUACUACUGACUGGCUGAGCUUUAAGUAUUCUUUACAUGUUAUAGAUAAAAGUUCUUUAUUAUGUGUGUGUGUGUGUAUACACAUAUAACAUACACAUAUAUACAGAUACCACACACACACACACACACACACACACACACACACACGUACAAUUGAUACAACCCUCUUCUUUCUUUUUACUUCCUUGAUGGUGUUUGCAGUACAUACCUAACUUUUAUUUGGGGUGGGUGGGGGAAGGGGGGCGAGCAAGGUCUCCCGUCUCUCAAACUGGCCUUGACCUAGUUAUGUCCUGGCUUUUUGUCUCUACCUUCUGCAUACUGGGAUUACAGGUCUGUGCCAAUACAUCCAGAUUAUUUAGUGCUAGGGAUCAUGUUUAGGGCCCCAUUCAUGCUAGGUAAGCACUCUACCGAUUGAGGCUACACUUACAGCCUCAUUUUGUUUUUUUGAGACUGAAUUUCAGUGUGUGGUCCUGGCUGGCCUCAGAUUUUUAUUCCUCUUUCUGCUUUUGUCCCCCGAGUGCUGGGGUUAUAGGUGAGUUCUAUCAAACCCUGCCAGAAGCUUAUAAUUUUGUUGAAGCCUCUUAUUUAUGUGUUUAUCUCUUGUGCUUUUUUUUUUUUUUUUUUAGUGUAAUUUGCCUCAUCCAAGAUUGUAAAGAUUUAACUUGUAAGAGUUUUAUAGUUUGGGCUUUGGCAUUUAUGUCUAUGUCCCAUUCUGUGUUAGCUUUUCUGUAUGGUACAUGAUAGAGCUCCAUAGUCUCUUUUGCAUGGUGUUUUUCUCAUGUUCUAGCUGAUCCAUCUGCUGAAGACUGUUCUUUCCCUAUUCUUUGGAGUCCUUUGUCACAAUCAGUUGACUCUGAUGUUUCAGUUUAUUUCUGGAUUCUUAACUUCCUUCUGUUCUGUAUAUUUGUCUUUAGAACAGUACCACAUUCCCUUGUUUAUGUCUACAGCCUUGUACUAAGUUUUUAAGGGAGAAGUGGUAAACAUACAGGACACAGCCCUUUAACUUGUUCUUCCUUUCCAAGAUUAUUUUGAAUUCUUUGACUUCCUAUAUGAAUUUUAGGAUCAACUUGGCAAUGUCUGUAAAGAAGAUAGCUGGGAGUUUGAUAGGAACAGUGUUGAAUCUAUUUACCUGUUUCAGGAGUAUUGCCAACUUUUAUUUUUAAUUAUUAUUUUUAAAUUUUAUAUGUGUGUUUCUCUUGGAUGGAUGGAUGUGUACCCAGUGUAUGUCUGGUGGUCAUGAAGGUCAGAAAAGGAUAUCAAUCUGGAAAUACAGACCAUCAUGAGCCAUGUAUGGGUGCUUGGAAUUGAACCUGGGUCUUUGCAAGAGCAAGUGCUUUUAACCACUGAGCUAUCUCUGUAGACCUGAGUAUUGCCAACUUAACACUGUCAAGUCUUUGGUUCAAGAAGAUGGGCUUUUUUCCAUUUAUUUAGGUGGUGGUUGUCUUUCAACUGCAAAAGAUUUCAGUACACAAGCAUUCUGUUUCUUUUGUUAAGUAUAUUUCUGUAGCAGGAAUCUCUAAAGGGUCUUAUUAAAUAAAACAAACCCGGAGCCAGGUGUUGGAGUGAAUGCUGAAUGAUCAGAGAAGCAGAACAAGCCACAGCUUCCUCACCUUGACAGUUCUUCAGCUGAUCCUGUUUCCUCAGACUGGAAGCCUCUGAGUCCUCAUAUCCAAAUGGAUCUCAGCUGAAUGCUGCUCAAAGCCUAAAAGCUUAACCAGCCAAAUGCUUGUAGUUUCUGGUCCUCACGCCUUAUAAACCUUUCCACUUUCUGCCAUCACUCCCUGGGAUUAAAGGCUCACUUCUUGGGAUUAAAGGCAGGUGUCACCAUGCCUGGCUGUUUCUAAUGAGGCCUUGAACUCACAGAGAUCCAGAGGGAUUUCUGCCUCUGGAAUGCUAGGAUUAAAGGCAUGUGCUACCACUGCCUAUCCUCUAUGUUUAAUAUUGUGGCUGUCCUGUUCUCUGACCCCAGAUAAGUUUAUUAGCGUGCAUAAUAUUUCGGGGAACACAAUACCAUGACAUAUUUCUCUUUAAUUCUCUGCAGAAUAUGGAAGUCUUUUCUUCCUCUUCCUCUUGCUGUUUUUGAGACAGGAUUUCACUGUGAAGGUCAGGUCUGCCUUGGUCUUUCAGGUGCUGAGAUGCUGACUUGUGCUACCAUGCUCAGCUUGGGACUUCCUUAAUUUUAUUUUGUUUGUUUUAAUUUUUUAAAAUAACUACUUUUAUGUGUAUGAGUAUUUUGCCUGAAUGUAUGUAUGUAUACCAUGAGCAUUCCAGGUGCUCACAGAGGCCAGAAGAGGGCAUCAGAUUCCCUGGGACCGAAGUUAGAGACUUACAGAUGGUUAUGAGCUGACAUGUGGGUUCUGGGAAUUGAAGAGGUCCUCUGGAAGAGCAGCCAGUGCUCCUAACCACUGGGCCAUUUUUCUAGCCCCCUUGGGAAUGUAAUUUUUGUUUCUGUGUUAGAGCACAUGUGUGUUGUUUUGUUUUUGAGAUAGGUCUCACUAUGUAGCCCUGACUGGCCUUGAACUCUUAGAGAUCUAACUUGCCUCUGCCUCCUAAGUGCUAGUAUUAGAGGUAUGAGUUACCAUGCACAGAAGGGCACUUGGUUUUUAAUAAUAGAAAAAGCAUUCAUGUGCAAGUAUUUGCUGAGUAAAUCAUGUAGAUUCUGUUUUGUUUGUAGCAUUUGAUCACAGUUCAUCACUUUUUUAUUCUUGGGUGUGGGUCAUUACUAAUGUAGCACUUCUGCUGGUCAAUAAAUUUGAAGCUUUUUAUUUACCUUCUAGGGCAGCCUGGAACGUCAGUAGCUCACUGUGGGACUCAGCUAUUUUGUACUUUGUGCUGAUAAAAUGAGUUUUCUAUACUAGAUGUGACUGGACCAUCUAAGUAGGACACUUGCACAGUAGGGAUGACCUGCCGAUAAGAGAGGUCUUCCUGGAACUCUAGUGGCAGAUCAGGUAGUGUUGCCUCUCAGUGGAUCUGCAGGAUGCUGCUGGGAUAGUAAACUAUCUGGUACCAGAGUUGGAUUUCAGUAGAAGACAGGGCAUGUUACCUGUUCAUUUAGAGCGCUUUGUGGACUUUUGUUUGAAGCUGAGCUCUCUUCAGUAGAUGUUUCUAUCGUUCUGUAAUAAAAAAAUGGAAAGGCUUAUUGUAAAGUCAUUUUGUCAUAGUAACGUAACAUUGAAGUUCUCUUGGACUUUGUUGCCUAUGUUUCAGCAAUGAAAUUUUUUUUCUCUA